AUGAUAACAGUGACGAGUGGUGAAGCUCUGCUACAACAGGCAGUGUGUCGAACAUCGCCGAUUUCCAUUUCGAAUCUGGUCGUAAGCGCUUUUGGAACACCAAAUGCUUUGGAAGAAUUGGUUCAAGGAUCCUUAGUAAAUGGACAACCAAGCAGUCCUUUGGGGUUGAUUCCGUCCGCUGAUAUGAACUUCUUGGGAGUUUUAGAAGUCUGCUCUGUCUGCACUCACCCAAUUCUCGAACAGUACUUUCUCGUUCUUGAAAGUCGCCCAUAUCAUUCACAUUGUUUACGGUGUGCUCUUUGCCAUUGUGGAUUAUCCUAUGAAACGACAUGCUACGUGAAGAACGGGCUGGUCUUGUGCAGAAAAGAUUACACGGAGAAGUUUCGACGAUCAUGUGCAAAGUGCCAUGUAGCGCUGGAAUGUGACGAUAUUGUAAUGAGAGCUCGCGACGCUGUUUUUCAUGUCCAUUGCUUCUCUUGUGCGGUUUGUGGCAUUCAACCGAAUGUUGGUGAUAUUUUUGCUUUAACAACGAACUUCGAAAUACUCUGUCAAGUUCACUACGACUUACCCCAACUUGAAGAACCAAAUCCGCUUCAACAAACUAUCAAAAUACGGAAAGACGACUCAGAUGAGCCAGAAGAUUAUGCUGAAGAUGAGCAACCUACACAUAGUCGAUCGAAACGGAUGCGAACAUCUUUCAAACAUCACCAAUUGCGAACCAUGAAACAAUACUUCAACUUGAAUCAUAACCCGGAUGCGAAAGAUCUUAAACAACUCGCGCAGAAGACUGGAUUAACAAAACGAGUUCUACAAGUCUGGUUUCAAAAUGCUCGAGCAAAAUAUCGAAGGUCAAUGCACGGUGGAGAUGGUCCCAGAAUUUCACCACUAUCAGUAAUUCCGACAUCUAUACGUGAUUGCCAGACCGAAUCACCUAGUCGAGACUCAACCGAGGCGUGA